ACUACGCAUGCGUAUUGCAUAUAACCCCAAAAUCAACUUGAAAUGAAUGACGCGUUUGUACUACUUUCCAUUCCGUGUUUGGAUCGAUUAAAUUAGUAAACAAAUUACUGUCAGACAUCGAAUUAACUUGCCCCAAAAUUUGCUGUAUGAACACAAUAAAAUAGGAAAAUGUCAAGUCUCUACGAUCAAGUGAAACUUCUGUACGAUCAGCAAUUAUACUCCAAUGUGAUAUCCCUCGCCAAUUUAGUAUUAUCUCUAAGUGACCACAAUGGAGAUCUUGUCUCACCAACAGCCAAAUUCCUUAUAUAUGUUCAUUGUGCAGACUCGCAUUUUCACUUGGGUGAUUACAGAAAAGCUGAAUCUUUGUACAAAAAAUCGUUGCAGUUUAGGAAAUUUUUGUUGAAGUCCAAAGGGGCGACUAAACCUUCACAAGAGACUCACAAAGAUUUGUUAUCGGAUAUUGAUAUUAAGUACCAAAUUCAUGUGUGUUUGAUUAAGUUGAAGAGUCAACUCGAGGCAUUACAAGUACUCCAGAGUAUUCCAGCUAAACAAAGAACUGCAAAGGUGAAUAUGGCCCUAGCAAAAAUAUUCCAAGAGCAGGGAAUGGAGCGUUCAGCUAUAACGACCUACAAAGAAGUGCUUCGUGAGUGUCCCCUUGCCCUCGAGGCCGCUGAAGGCCUUCUUGCUCUUGGCGUCAAAGGAAUUGAAGUCAACUCUCUGAUUGUUGGAUCAUCCUCGAAUUUACCUGGCCUUGACUGGCUGAAUACGUGGAUAAAGGCCCACGCUCAUAUCCACAAUCGAGAGUAUAAUCAUGCGGUGACCACUCUCCGUUCGUUAGACAAUGUUAAUUUUUUGAGGGAUAAUUUUAGUCUCCUAGUUACAAUGGGCGAGUGUUAUUAUUAUGCUGGGGACGAUAAAAAUUCGUUGGCCUGCCUGAGGAGAGCCAAAACUAUUGAACCAGAUACUACCAAAGGGCUCGACCUUUAUGCCUCAGUACUCCACAAGACAGGUCACACAAAAGAAUUGGAAAAAUUGAUCCCAACAGUAUCCACCGCUGGCGAGUGUACAUCUGAGGUCUACGUUGCAAUGGCGUACACAUUGUACGCAGCUCGAAAAUUGAAUCGAGCUAAUACUCUGACAUCGCAAGCAAUUAAUCUCAAUCCAUCGAACGUUGAGGCGAUUAUUCUGCGAGGGAACAUUCUGAUUGAGCAGAAGAAGUAUCAGGAUGCCCUACAUCAGUUCAGACAAGCAAUGCAGUUGAAACCGUAUCGUUACGAGCCAUACAAAGGAUGUGUUGAUUGUUUUGUUGGGAUGCAUCGGUUACGGGAAGCCUUGAAUAUUGCUAGUAGCGGAUGUAAACAGCUUGGACACACCCCGAGAGCUAUUUCGCUUUAUGCAUCGGUGUUAAUGAAAGAUCCGGUGUCAGUUCCAAAAGCGAAAAACCUUCUGGAGAAGGCCCUAGCCCAAGAUGAGUCCUACCUGCCAGCAGUUUAUUUUCUGGCGGAAAUUUACGAGCAGGAAAUGAACCUCGAACGUGCCAUUGAACUUUUAGAGCGUCAGGUUGAUAUCCAGCCGACUUGUAAACUCCACCAAAUGCUGGGGGACCUUUGGGCGAGAGUCCAUAACGAGGAAAAAGCCAUCGAUCAUUACGCCAUUGCCCUGAAUCUCGACCCUAGCAACAGAAGGGCUCUCGAGGGAAUGCACAGGCUUGACAAUACGGUCUCAAAAUUUGAAUCAUCGUACUACAUGACUGUCGGUGAGGAACACGCAGACACGACUUUCGACGUUGGCGAUGGCCUCCCAGAUUCCGAUAAUGAUGAAGCUAAUGAGGAAAGUGAAACUGAGGCUGUAUGGUCAGACAUGGAUCUCGAGGCCAACAGUCAAUAGUGACGUAUUAAUAAAAUCGAGAAGUUGAUUUAAUUUAUUUCUUCACCGUUAACUGAAGAAAUUAUGCUCGUCUUACAAGACUGAUGUAUUUAUAUUUGAAUUACUUGAAUUACUGCGAUAUUUGAUCAAUCAUUGUCCCUGUUUAUUUUCGUUGAAACGCAACGAUUAUGCUCUUAUUUUCUUCAAUCGAUGAAAUUUACAUGACUAAUUGAGUUAUAUAAUGGAGUGAAACAAAUAAAUUGAAUUGUGAUUUUUAUUUA